GACGGUGCCAUGGACUGGCAGAAGCAGAGCUAAAGCCAAAAUCAAGGUGAGCGAUCCCAUCGAAAGACAGCAGGGAACAAAUACUGCUGAAGUAACGGCUACCGGAGGCCAACUUCCGGUUCCACGCGCAUUCAAGAAACAUUCCCUCGCUCCUAAUUGCUUAUUUUCCUGCCUUUUUUUUAAUCGAUGGUGGAUGCUCAUUGGGUGCCGUUAGGCGUCCUUUCUCUGAUUGAUGUUUUGCCUUCGAGCCGCCGCCCCUCGCUAACUACCAGCGCAUUGGUUGCUACGCGACGCUGAUUCGCUAUCGGCUUUCAACCUCCCGGCCAAUGAGGGAGUCCUACUAGGAUGGCUUUGGACGAAUCAGGAAGGAACAUAUUGGAGCAAGAAGAGAUUGGCAAGAGCAAGCCGCCCAUCCAGGCCUCCAGUAGCAGCACACUCUGUCUUUCCGUGAUCCCCACGGACAGUGACCUGAGCAACCUCUCCAGUUCGAAGAGUCCUUGCGUGGGAAGGGAAGAGACGGGAAAUGUGGGUCCUGCUGGCACCACCCGAGUGGCACAGCCUGGCAGCCGGUUCCUCAAGCAGAAGCCACAGAAUGUGCAGGUGGACAUCCAGCAAGCGGGGCUCGGUCCCAUCUCGAGGGUGGGACUGGGUGCUGCCUCAAAGGGGAGAUCAAAUGCCAUCCUCAGAAAGUUGGCACAGAUAGAGAGCAAGAUCCAGAGCCGGAAGACUAAACAAAGCACGGAGCAGAUGAUACCUGUGAUGGACGUUGAACUCUCGUUGAGUGAAUCUAGUAAGGAUUUUGAAUUGAGGACAGGUGGUUUGAAGUUCCUGAAGAAGACAGCUAGGCUGAAGGAGAGUGUCAAGGCUCAAAUGAAAAAUGUGACUCUUGCAGAUACAACUGGAGAUAGUAAGGAAGAUGCAGAUACAUACAGACAAGAGGUUUCCCAAAAAUCCAAAGGACAGGAAGAUAAAUUCAAAUUCCAACCCAAUGGAAAGUUGCUACCAGAGACAUCUUCCAGUUCAAGAUCUCUGCCUGAAGAAAGUCAAGUGAACAGACCUCUAUAUCAUUCUCCCUAUUCACCAAACAGGGAUACAAGAGCAAGCCAUGUAGCUUCUUGUUCCUCCUCUCCUCCAUCUAUGAAAUACAGUCCAGCAGAUACAAUAUGCCAUAAUAGGAGCUCUAAUUACCAGAAGAAAUCUCUUUCUGAACAGAGUAUUAUCCAAUCCUUGGAUGAGUUGUUCUCAGAGGUGACUGAUGUACAGAAUGAUAUUUCCAGCAACAGUGAUUUCAGAGUGAAUAUUUUGAGCCUGGAUGAACUGGAACCCUGCCAGAAAACAGAAUUAAAAGAAGAGGUAAUAGAAGCAGUUGAGAAGUUAAACAAGAACUUAGGAGGAACAGUUCUGUCUUCUGCUAAUCCUCAAAACCUCUUUAAAACCUCAGCUGUGUCCUUGGAGGAAGAGGAAAACCUGGAAGAAACUGAUAUAUCUGAGCAGCUAAGCAGCAGUUCUGCUGGAUAUUCCCCCUGCAAGGAGGAAAGCCUAAACAAUACCGAGUAUUCUGAAGAUUUUGAGCCCUCAUCAUUUUCUCCCACAUCUAAGGAAGCAGGAGAAUCGUCUUCUGAAAAGUCGGAUGGCCGUUUGGGUGCCUCAGUUCAUUCCAUCCAAUCUCAUUUAUCUUCUCCCUGCUGUCCUUCUGUGGCACCCAAGUGCACCAAAGCUAUAAAGAAGAUAGAGGUGAAAGAAGUAGCUGUUCAGACCGGUUCCUUCUCACUUGCUUAUCAUAGGUUACAAUAUGAUAUUCCUGCUGUUGUUGGCCAUGCAAUACAGCAAAACUCUGCAGAAGCUCCAUGUUUUAGCAACCAUAACUUGAACAUGGAAGUCAUAGAAGCUCUGUCGGUGUACAAUCCAUCUAUCUCUGCUUUGAAUAACAUGUUAAAACAAAACUUGCUGCUUAUUCAGCAGUCCAUAGAGAUCAAUCGACAUCUUCAUGCCUCCUUUGUAGCAUCGCUGGAAGAGGAGGAAUACCACUAUCAUACCUUGGAAGAAGCCAAAAUGGUAAUUUUUGUAAUCUCUAGAUUAUGUGCAUUUAAAAAAAAACCACUUUUUCAGCUUUUCAAAACUAAAUUUGUUGUUUUAUUCUUGCAUUCUGAAUCUGUGACAUUAAAGAUUCAGAAAUGGAGUCUUAAAUAAAAUGUAAAUAAUGCUGCAGAUUAAGUCUUCCACUAUCAUUCAUUCUUGAGAGCUAAAGGGCUAAUCUAGAAAGAUUUGUGUAUCCCAUAUCUAGUACUUAGGACAUGUAUGGGAAAUGUUUUACAUAGUAAAGGGAUGCCUCUCUUCAUAGUGCCUAUCAUUUAGGCGAAUUAACUUAGUUGCUGCAUCAGUCAUAAAACAAAGCCUCUAUUUUGGCUUUUGAGAAUCGCUGAAGGGCCAAGCUUCAGUAACAAUAGCUGCAAUUUUUAAACGGUAAAUUUCAGCUCAUAAACAGCAAGUUUUAAACAACUGAAAACUUUAAAUCCGUACUCUCAACAAAAAUUAUUUCCAAUGUCUUUUGGUUUGGUUAAAAAUAAAACUUUUGUGUAUACAAAACAAAAAUAAAAGAAAUAGGUAUGAGUAUGUGUUAAAUUGUUCCAAACAAUUUAAUAUUAACAAAAAUGGUUCAUUUUUUACAUUGCAUUUGUAAUCUCCAUAUUCCAAUGUUCAUUGAUUUGUAGCAGCUAAGGCUGCUGCUUCAAUCAAAUCUAGUUUAAAGUUUUUAUAUUAUCUGUAUUAUUUUAAAAAAAUGUAGGGAGAGUAUGUUCAUGCACAAUGCUACUUAAAUCUAGUCUGCUUAAUGGUGAUGAGUGAAUUGUUCGUAGAAAGCCCAAACUAGUGUUAAGGAUUAGAGUAAAAAUUCUGGUUGUAGUAAUGGACUAGAUGAAGUCUGACGUUUUCUUAACGAGUGGUUUGUUUAGGUCAAUGUUUUUCAAUCCCAGAAACUGUAAGAUGUGUGGACUUUAACUCUCAGAAUUCCUGAGCCAGCAUGAAGACAUCACAUCUUACCAGUCGCUGAGGCUGAAAAACAACUGAUGUAAACAUUGUUUCAUUGUUCUGAAAGAGCUUUUUAAAAAUAAAGUGCUCGUCUCAAGGCAUAUUUUUAGAUUAGGGAUUGUCAACCCGUGGUAGCAAUAUGGGAUCUCCCCAUGAUGCCAUUUGCGAAAAGGAUGAGGUUAACCAGUUUUGCCCUACACCAGUUGCAGCCAAAUAAAUGAAACCAAACCAAGCUAGUCAUGACCUGUAUGCACACUCCCAAUUUUAAAAAAAUUGUGUUUUAGAGCAUCUUCUUAGGAGGGACAGGGGUUCUCUGUAGCACAUAGUACUUGUAACAAUUUAAGCUACUGUGACAAUUACAGGACUGCUGGAAAAAGAAUUUGGUUUCAGGCUGUACCUUGGUAAUCCCUUGCCUUAAUUACUGCAAUACAUUAUGAGGUAGUUUGGACAUUUCUUAGCACAAUAGAAUAAUUGAAACUAAGAUGUUGUAGUUUCAUAUUGUAUUUUGCAUGAUCUUCAUUGGGUCAAAAAUUAAUUUCUGGUUCCAAUUCAAAGUGCUGUUGUCCUGUAGGAACAAUAAGAAUGUCCCCAAAUUUCUUAGCCAAACUUAAUAUUCUAAGGAUGAGUUGGGAUAAAUGACUGAUCUGAAGCUUUGGAAUGUACUAUCCAGCAAGGCACUUUUGACACACAUCUUUCCAGUGCAAAGACAUUGUGUUACACUUGAAUAUUUUAUUUUUUUUUAAAAUAGUUAUUAAUUUACAUUGGAACGAGAAUGUUACUGAUAGUCUACCAUUAUAUUAUUAUAGUUAGAUUCUGCAAAGCUUCAUUAAUUUUUUAUUUGUAGUUUCAAAGUGCUGCAAUCUUAGUUUUGCAGAUUGACAGAAUUUUUUUAAAAAAAAUACAUUGAUCUAGUUUUAUCCUUUGAUAUUAAAGAUGAUUCUAGGAUUGAUAUGGCUGCAGCAUCAAUACAUCUUCCCCUCCAGAAAUUCAUAAUUCUAAGUGCCCCUAUUCGGAGUAAAGAAAGCUGUGGGCAUGGAGUGGUUUGGUACAUUAUCUUAUUUUUAUCCGGCUUUUUUAUCUUGCAGUAUAUUCAACAGCACAAGCCCCUGCCUUUGACCAUGGAACAAGCCUUGCAAGAGCUGAAAGAAUAUGAACAAAUGGCUUCUUAGGCUCACUAGUCCUUUUCACCCUCAACAGAUAGCACCAGUUUUAGAAAGAGGCUAAAGAAGCUGUUUCUUCAGUCAAGCACAAAGUCUUGGGAAUCACAAAUUGAAAUAUGCAUUCAACUGGAUUUUUGAAGAGAAACCUCAACAGAGAUAAGGGAAUGACUCUUCUUUGCUGCAUUUUGAUGUAAUUAUACAGUGUACAAUUCAGUGCUGCAAAUUAAAGUCAAAUGCUAAACUUUCCUCUA